AUGCUCUGGCCACAUAUUCCCAUCUGGACAUUUACAGUUAUUCUCCCUCUAUUCAUCCAGCGUCCUGCGGUCUCCCUGCUGCAGUGUGUGAGAGCGAGCCCUCUGCGCAUGCGCGCUCCGCCCAACACGCCAACUACCCCAAACUGGCAGAAAUUGGGACUGUGCAAGAAAUAUGAUCCGCUUGUGUGCAUUUUGAUUUUCCAGAGCCAAACUGCUUCUCCGUCUUGCCCCACGUGUCUCAUCCUGACCCCGACCAGAGAGCUGGCCAUCCAGAUAGAGAAGCAGAGGAAAGAGCUGGUGAUGGGCCUGCCCAACAUGACAACUGCUCUUCUGGUGGGGGGCAUGCCUUUACCCCCUCAGCUGCAUCGACUCAAGCAGAACAUCAAGAUAGUAAUAGCCACUCCAGGACACCCUAAGGCUGUACAGCUGGAUAAUGUCAGGGCCGUUGUGGUUGAUGAGGUAUUAAUUGAUUGUUAUUUAUUUAUUGUGUUUAUUUAUUGUAUACUUGAGGUUUUGGAGCAGGUCCCUGAAGAGCAUCAGACGCUGCUGACGUCAGCCACCAUUCCCACAGGAACAGAGCAGCUAGCGGCCUGUCUCACCCGUGACCCCGUGAGCAUUACCAUCGGUCAGAAGAACCAACCCUGCGCCAGCGUCCGUCAGAUAGUCCUCUGGGUGGAGGAGCCAUCAAAGAAAAAGAAGCUUUCUGAGAUCUUAAAUGACAGAAAGCUCUACCAGCCACCGGUGGUUGUGUUUGUGGACUGUAAGCUUGGGGCUGAUUUGUUGUGUGAAGCUGUGCAAAAGGUCAUGGGAUUAAACACAGUCGCUAUUCACUCCGACAAGAUGCAGUGGGAACGCAACAAAAUUGUAAAGGGUCUACUCGAGGGCCAGUUUGAGGUGGUGGUCAGCACUGGGAUUCUCGGUAGAGGACUGGACCUGGUCAAUGUUAAGCUCGUAGUGAACUUUGACAUGCCAGCUAACAUGGAUGAAUAUGUCCAUCAGAUCGGUCGAGCAGGUCGACUGGGCCACAGAGGCACCGCCAUCACCUUCAUGAAUAACAACAACAAGCGGCUGUUUCUGGACAUCGUGAACAGAGUGAAACCCACGGGCUCCAUCCUGCCGCCACAGCUCCUCAACUCCCCACAUCUGCACGAACAGCAGAGGAGAGCCAAACAGAGGAGCAGCCGGGCAGAGGACGUCCUCGUAUCCAAGAGCAACCUCAUCGACAUCAUCAGGAAGCAUGACAAAAGAUCUGCCAAGAAAUAACAAGCAAAGGUUUUUAUUGGGAAAUGUUUUGCUGCUGCUUUUGUAAUUUGUAUUUUCAAUAAAUGCUACAAGUGAAUGAA